CCGAAGCACUGGGGCUCGCCGCGCGCUCACCGCACCCACCAUGGCUUCCCGCAGCGCCGGCACCCUACUGACCGAGUUCAAUGCCGCCUUCGUGCCCCCCAGCCUCAUGCCAGGGUACCAAGGCCACGUCCCUGGUGUUGACUUCUCCUUCGGCUCCCCCUACGGCACCACCACCCUCAAGUACUUCCAGGACCAACGCAAUGCAGCCAUGGAGAAGAGCCGCUCUCCCCUCAGCAGUGGCGGCCACUUUCCCACCAUCUUCUCCCCCAACCCCGAUCUGGUGCUGCUUGACCGCACGCACAGCUGGGACCGCUCCCUGAACCUGCCCAGCUACAAUCGCUUCAACCUGGACGGCUACCGCUCCAGCCAGCUUGCUCGCUUCUACCAGAUGGCACAGUGGCACCGGAAGUACUACCUAGACAAGACCGGCAUAGUGCCUCGGGUCCCCUACUUUGUGCUGCCUGUGAGGGAACGGGAACGGUACCCCAUCCCUACCGACCUGCCUCCUCUGAGCCCAAAGAAGAAAUGGUACCUUUUAAGAGCCUCCCCUGAGAACCUGAGGACCUACCAGACCUUCCCAUCGGGGAAGCGGGUGUCCGCACAAGAGCGGCAGAGGAGGGACUGCUACUUUGAGUACAGAGCAUGAGGCCAGUG